AUGCCUAUCACUCUCACCACGGCCGCACAUCCCCCUCGAAAAUGGGAAACCCCAAGGGUAUCCACAGUGGAAGAGCUGUUUGCCCGUUCAUGUCCGGAGGACCAACGCCAAAGCCAAAAGCUCAUCCAGAGCUCGUUUCCUGAGAGUUCCUUUCGCGAGAAUCAUGUCUCUGCCUCUCAACACGGCUUUGUCUGGGCCGUUUUCAACGCCUAUAGUUAUCAUCAUAACUUGAUAAUUCGACCAGAAGAUGUCUGGUUUUCCAUUUUGACGCAACUCAGUUUCUUUAUAAAUGCACAUGCAGAGGAACUUCGAUCCUUUUUUGUCUCGCAUGAAGGGAAGAAAGAACUUGAAGUCAUUGAUGUUGGAACUAUCGAUAGCGUUGACCUAGGCGCCCUAGUUUUACAGAUGACCAGGCUGAUCGAGAAGAACGUGGUGGAUGAAGAGUUACGAGCCUGGAUUAUGCCAACCUUCAGCACUACAACCAAGUCUGAUAAUGUGGUCGCGGCGAUCUUGAUGAUGGGUGCUUUGCAGAAAUACUUCUCGUACAAGAUUUCAAUGGCUUGUGGAAUUCCGUCCGUCACUUUGUUAGGCGAGAGGAAGGACUGGGCGCAGAUUGUGAAGAAGCUUGAUAAGCUUCAUCAACUAGGGGACGAACCAGCACGAUUUGCUCAGCUUCUUCGACCGGUCCUCAAUAACUUUGUUGCCUCUUUUGACAAUCCAGACUCACCCGAAGUACUGGAUUUCUGGACCAGAUGUGCCCACAGGCACUCCAUGGGCAGCGGGCCAGACUAUUUAUGCGGCUGGAUUUCGGUCUUCUGUUUCUGGGCUGAAGAUGGGAAGCUCCUCCAUCGAGAACCAAUCCAUCCCACCUUCUCACCCGAAUUCGAAGCACGAAACUCUACAUUUGGAUUGGAAGACGCGUUGUCGCGCCGCAUUGACACGGAUGAUGUCCCAUCUGGAUUCGCCUCGGUGCCCGUUACCGUCGAUGAUGAUGGAAUCAUAUAUGAAACCAUGAUGCUAGCUGGACUUAUCGGUAUCCAAGCUACAUCGAGCGGAGUGAUGUUGGAUGGCACUAGAUAUCAUAAUGACAAGAACUCCUACCGAAGAGGUGCUGACGGUCAGCUUGAACCGGUUGUUUAUACCGUUCCGCUUCCGACCGAAGAGGCUGGACUUGAUUCUAUUCAACCAGUGUCAGGAUGGUGGAUAUAUGAAAAGCGGCCCGCAGAUCAAACAAAAGAACGCGAUUGUGAAAGCUGGGUGUCCAGAUGUUAUGAUUGGGAUAGUAUCGCUUCUGAUAUUGAUUCAAAAUUGGAGCUGGGGCUAUUUGCCGGAGCUGAGGAGCUUAAGCAUUCCUGA